AGCAGGCGGCUGGCGGCUGCAGCCCAAGGGCCGCCGUGCAAGGCCGGGCCGCGGGGGAGGGCGGCUGACGCGCUUUCCCCGUCCAGCGGCGGGGGGGACGGACGGAGGGGGGAAGCCCGCGAGGAGGGACGGAGGGGAAAGGGACGGGGAGGAGAGGCCGCUGGAGCUCGGCCGUUGUCUGCCGGGGGUGGGGGGUGUCGCCGCUGCCCGCUCUGCCGCUGCCGCCGUUGGUGGGGGUGGGUGUGUGUGACUAGGGCGAGUGUCCUGCCCGGGGGGUGGCGCGGGACAUGGCGAACUCGACUAAUACAAACCCCGUGCCUAAACUAUAUAGGUCUGUGAUUGAAGAUGUUAUCAAUGAUGUGCGAGAAGUCUUUCUGGAUGAGGGUGUUGAUGAGCAAGUCCUUGUGGAAUUGAAAACGCUGUGGGAGAACAAACUGCUGCAGUCCAAGGCUGUUGAUGGAUUCCAUUCUGAGGAACAACAGCUCUUGUUGCAAGUGCAGCAGCAGCAACAGCAGCAGCAACAACAGCAGCAGCACCACCAUCAUCACCAUCACCCGCAACCCCAGCCACAACAGACAGUACAGCAGCAGGCCCAGACACAGCAAGUUCUUAUUCCUGCAACACAGCAAGCACCUCAACCGCAAGUUAUUGUGCCAGACUCCAAGCUGAUACAGCACAUGAAUGCUUCAAGCAUGAGUGCUGCUGCUACUGCAGCUACUUUGGCUUUGCCUGCCGGUGUUACUCCUGUUCAACAGAUUCUUACAAAUUCAGGCCAAAUUCUGCAAGUGGUUAGAACUGCCAAUGGAGCACAGUACAUCAUUCAACCCCAACAGCAAGUGGUUUUGCAGCAGCAGGUUAUACCACAGAUGCAACCUGGUGGAGUACAGUCUCCUGUUAUUCAGCAAGUUUUGGCUCCCAUUCCUGGAGGGAUCUCACCGCAAACAGGCGUAAUUAUUCAGCCCCAGCAGAUUUUAUUUACGGGAAACAAAACCCAGGUAAUACCUACAACAGUGGCUGCACCUACACCAGCUCAAGCACAGAUUCCUGCAGCGGGUCAGCAGCAACCUCCUCAGCAACCAGCACAACCACAGGCACCUUUAGUGCUGCAGGUAGAUGGAGCAGGUGACACGUCAUCUGAAGAAGAUGAGGAGGAGGAAGAAGAUUAUGACGAUGAUGAAGAAGAGGACAAAGAAAAGGAUGGAGGUGAAGAUGGCCAGGUUGAAGAGGAACCUCUAAAUAGCGAAGAUGAUGUGAGUGAUGAAGAAGGACAGGAAUUAUUUGAUACCGAGAAUGUUGUUGUGUGCCAGUAUGAUAAGAUUCAUAGAAGUAAGAACAAGUGGAAGUUUCACCUCAAAGAUGGCAUCAUGAAUCUUAAUGGAAGAGAUUAUGUAUUUUCCAAAGCCAUUGGAGAUGCAGAAUGGUGAAGGGUUGUCAUACAAACUCAGAGCAAAAUGAAAAAGCAGAAAAGGUUAAGACUCAGACAUAUACUUCAACAGGAAUUUAUUUCUGCGCACCAGAGAGGAACAGUAGAACCAAGACUACUAGAACAAAGAAAUAGCAUGGCAAUGUAGACACUACUUCAAAUGGGAAAGCUGAGGCAUUGAUGCAGCUAGCUAUGCCUGAAAGCUGGUUUUGUAUGAAUACCUUAAUUAACCACUUCUACCUAUAGAUAAAGGUAACUAGCAUGUGAGGCUUAAAACUCCCUUUCCACUGAUUUGAAGGAACUCUUCUAUUACGGUAAUAUGGAAAAAGCUUAGUGUGUCUUUGUGUAAACUGUGCUGAACCAUUCCCUCUCGGAGUGGGUUGGUGAGAAUCUUGCUUAAACUGUGUGCAGGCUUCUAACCAGAUGGUAAGAACAGAAGCAUUGAGUUCUAAUUACCUUGUAUGAGUAAACUAUUUUUAAAUCUCUUGGGCUGGGGUCAUGCAUAACUUUACAGUUUUAGGCCUUUUAUAUAAAUCUUUGAUCCCAGUACCAAAAGAUGUCAUUUGUAUUUUAAAGGCAAUUUAAUAAUUCUGAAUGUGUUGAUAAUUCAAAAGGAUGUUGUGCUUUUUAAGGACCUGCAGAUGGCAGCUGAGAGACAGAGUGCUAUCUCCUGCUCUUGCAAAGGAGUUCUCUAAAGAACAGCUGAACAAAGUGGGUCUGUGUACUGAAGGCUAGUUGAAAGUCUUUAAAAAAAAUCCUCCUAUUAACUUAAUGUAUUCCCAUUGCCCAGUGAAGGUGUGCUGCUGUGGGGACAAGUUCAAAAGUUCCAGGUGACUCUGCACUUUGGAAGACGGUGUACAGCAUUGAAAGAGCUUCCAGUUUCCUUUGAAUUUUUUUUUGUGGGGGGGGGGGAAUCAUAAUGACUCGGUAAAUACAAUCACACUAGGUCCAAUAAUUGCAUAAGUAAUAAUGGCAAUAAAUAGCAGGAUGUUGUUGGAAGGUUCUGUGACAGUAGGAAUGACUCUUUGGAAAUCUGAUUUGUAGGAAUGUGGGAUCUCUUCACUAAUGGGGUGGGGCUGAAAUUCAGCCAUCAUUGAGAAGGACAUGGACUUCCAAGUGAUUUACCAUUACAGGGUAGAUCAACAGCGUAUACAUUGGUUGUCUGAAAAGCAGUGAAGGCCAGGAAGACUGAGUUAACAAAUGGGGAGAAUGACAGUGGAACACACACACCCCAAUCCAAUUUCUAAAACUUCUGUUCUUGUGGAAAAUGAAACUUUUAAGUAUUUUUACUAAAGAAAAUUGCCAGUAUGUCUAAUCAGCACUGUGUACUAGUUCUAUAUGUUAUCUCCCAAACUCUCUUUGCAUUUCAGUCUUGAGUGCAUUGUUUCUGCUUACAGGAAAUCUAUUGUAUGUUGCAAUGAGCAGUUAGGUUUUUCUAUGCCCAGGGUAUUGAUAAAGCUGGCCAAAUCGUCUAUUCUGUUGUAUAGUGACAUAUGUAAAACAUCUGAAUUUUUAUACCAUGUAAACAUAAUUGGGUUUUUGCUUUCUGGUCAUCUUAACUGCCUGCUGAAACUGCAGUUCUCUUUGGCUGCACUUUUGGCUCAGGACUUGAAGAUGUAUUAGUGUGUAAAUUGUUUAUUCCCACUGUGUAAAACAAGGUAGAUUUUUGAAGAAAAUAUACCACUACGUAACAUGCCAAGAUUAUGUGACUAUAUGGAAACUAAUUGCCAUCUUCCCUUGCAUCUUUCUGUAUCUCAUGGCCUGUUACGGUAUAAUCUUGCCUUUUAAUUUGACAGCACAGGUUUAAAACCAAUCCCAUAAAGCUGCACUGUGAAGCCCAGCAUGACAUGACAGUUUACUACUUGUUACUGGAACCCAGAUACUGUACAAAUGUGUUCGCAUUGUGUACAUCAUGGGCACUAAAUAGCUGCUUCUUUCUAGCCUUUUUAUUUAUUUUAAAGGAUACCACAGCUUUAAAAGUGACUUACAAAUAGGUCUAUAUGGAGCAGGCAUAGCGUCUUGCAAGUUACCUAUGGGUGUAUGCAUUGGUUGAUGAGGGUGUUUUAACAAGAGGACCUGUGAAGUUCUUGUGAAAGCCAGUCAAACGUACCAAACUUGUGCUCUUACUUGCUUCAUCAAGUGUUCCUUUUUAAAUCAAAAGGCAUUUUUAAUUUCAUUUUAUUGUAGCAGCUUGCUGUAAGAAUGUAGUUUGCUUACACUUAUUAUGUACUUGAAUUUUAAUCAUGGUUUUAAAAUUGUAAUUGAACAGACAGUUUUGUUUGGCUUCCAUUACAUCAUCAUUCCUUUUGUGAGGGCAAGGGAUUCCCAUAGCUAGUCCUAAAGCUUCAUGUAGCUCAUUUUCUUUUGCUUAGAUCUGGAAUUCGUUUUAAUUGAAAUACUUAAUCAGUUAUCUCUACUUUUGAAGCAAUUAAAGGUUUGCAAGAAGGGCUUAUGUUUAGAUUUGCACAGAUAACAGGAGCACCUUUUAACUUUUAAGAUGUAUGUGUGGGGGGAAGUGGAAUGGAGAAGACAACUUGUUAAUGCUUUAAUCAGGCUAAUGGAGAUUUACCGAGUAAUUGCACAAAGGUGAGAGUCUUGUGCCUUUGCAAUCUUCAGAUAUUCCUGCUUUAUGUCGACAUGAUAUUCUAGGCCCGUUGGAUUCCUUUGGCAGUAGACUUCAUAUGAAACUUCAAUUGUAACUAAACAUUUCGAGGAUGUCAUUGGCUUUCUGUAUGUGCAAUCAUUUGAAGCAUCUACAUUAAAAGUUGUCUUUUAAGGAGGUUUUUAGUGAUACUGUCACAAAGAAGUUUAUAUCGAACUAUUUAAAUUUAAUGUGUAAGAUGUUUCCCCCGAUUGUUCAGUGGCAAAGCAAGUUUCUGUCUCCCUUGCUCCUAUUCACAACCUGUUUUUUGUCAUCAGUUUCCCUGGAAAUGGAUCAUGAUUUCACAAAUACAAAUAUUGUGGCUACCUGUCUUCUCAAGGGGAUGAAACUUGUGAUUGAAGCACAGUUGCUCAAAAAAGCAAAGAACAUGCAACAUGUGAUAUAACCAGACUUGUAGUCUUUUUAUUUUUAAAUAGUGUUAGCACAUCUGUGUGUGUUCAUUUCUGAUCUAUCUACAUCAACAGCAAUAAUGUCCCCAUCAAAUUACUGCUGGGUAAAACUCUGCAGUUAUAGUGCAGGAGGGGAAAAUAGCCUUUUUACUUAUUCACUCUGAAACUCCUGCUUGAAAAUUCUCUUUUGGCUUGGUUUUGCAAAAUUCGGGGGGGGGGGGGGAAAAAAAUAAUUUGGUUCAUCGUGUUGAAGCAUGGCUGCCCUGCCUUAAACCAGAACUGCAUGAGAUGCUGGAUGUUCUGUGAAUGGAGCUCCCAGCAUUUUUUCUAUUAAGAAAAAACAAUUAGGCAUGGGGGGGAUGGUUCUGAUGAGUACCAUGAAGCCUACCAGUGGAAGCUCUACGGGGCCAUUUCAGGUUGAGAAAAUGGAAUGGGGGAGGGCUUAAAUCCAUCUCCCCUCAUUCCACAGCUCCAAUUAGAACUGGACCCCCACAUAACUUGCUUUCUUUGGGGCAGGCGGCUGAACACUGACAGCUCAAUUCAUGGAACUCCCACUAUCUUGUGUAGGUCUGUCCUUAAAUGCAGUUGUAAAAUUCAAAGGCACUAGAUAAAGUUUGGCUUAAGAGUUCCACUGUUCUCAAAAACGAGACAUUUGGCCCUUUGCCUUUCUGUAAGUCAAUUAUGUUCUGAAAGCAUGGGUUGGGUCCUACCCAGUCUUCACUGAUGGAAAGAAUUUCCAGACGUGGAGUGGGAUUUCUGCAUGUAGAUUCUUUUCUGCCGCAACCCCAAAUGCCCCUUGAAAUGUUCACAGGAGACGGGACUCCAAGGAACAGAGGAGUCACAUCUGCUGCAACUGGUGUAUUAUCAACAGCAAAAAUUUUCUUCUGGAUCCAACUCCAAGCUUUUGCUGUGACAAGGGUUAUUGGCCUAGUUUACUGAACUCUCCUUAAUUUGUAUGCUGACAAAAGCAAGAGUUGCAGGCUAGCCACAUAUAAGACUACCACACCUUCACUUGCUCCUGUGCGCCUAGGGUACAAAUACAAUUUAGAGGGGCAGGAAAUAUCCUUAGUUGCUGUUCUGAGCUAUUAUUGUCAACUGCUGUUGUACAUAUACUGUUAUGUGUAAGGGGGUAAAUAUAUUUAUUAUGUUUGUAAAAUUCAGUCUGUACAAUUGAAAAUCAAGGAUGCUUUUCCUGGGAUGUACAGGACGUGUUUCAAAGGCCAUGCUGGGAAUACAAUUAGAAUACUUAGUAUUUUGAUGUACUAAGACCUAUUUUAAGUUUAAUAUUUUGCCUUUGCAAAAACUUUAAUUAAAGAUGUUAUUUAAAAUAAGCU